CAGUCUGUCUGCCGGCUUCCGUGGGGCGUGCCUCUUAUCAGUGUUCCCCUCCAGCACGCGAUGACCGCCCCGAGCCGCGGCUGGUUGAGGGCGCUGGCGCUGUUGGCGCUGCUAGCGCUGCUCGUGUCCGGCGGGCGCGCCUCCACCCCCGCGCACCAGAGCUGCGAGGCCGCGCGAGAGUCGCAGGUCGCGUUCGCAGUCAGCAGCCGCAGGAAUCUCACCGGCCACUGGCUCACUCAGGUGCAGCUGUUGCACGGACAAGACAGCGAUGACGGAGUCUUCAACGAGGAGGCCAGGCCCUGGGACAUCCACGUGGCCCAGAGCACGGCCGUCUGUGAGGGCCAAGAAGUGGUCAACAUAACUGUGACUCUGUCGUCUCCACCCCGACGCCCUUCGCCGAGCUACGAGCUGUUUCCUGGCGUUGGCUACUACAAGUUCCACACCACUCCCAGCACGUGGUCCAGCGCUCGGGAAGUGUGUGCCGCGGAGGGCGGUCACCUCGCCAUCGUCAAUUCCCAGGCUGAGGAGAACGUCUUGAAGCAGCUUUUUGCCGAACACACCUCCCUCGCAGGUGUCACCAACAAUGAUUUUGCCUUCCUCGGUUUCCACGACCGUUACACAGAAGGAGAAUACGUAACAAUAUUUGGGAAACCACUGAGUACGACUGGCUUCGUCCACUGGGGUGUUCCCCAGCCGGACAACAGCGGGGGAGACCCGGGGGAAGACUGCGGCAGUGUCCACCGCAGCGGGGUCCUUAACGACAUAACCUGCGACUGGAAGCUCGCUUUCGUCUGCGAGCAAGAACUGUGGUGACGCUCAUGACUGAUACAAGAGGAGAACAAAAAGAAGUUGUUUGCAGCUUGGAUGUACAUUAUAUUCAUUAAGUCAAUCACUUACUCGAUUACUUACUGCUGAAAUAACAUAAAUCAAGCUAUAUCCAGGUAUUUAGUUACAAGCGUUAUUAUUAGGACUAGUGAUGGCCCGAUAUACAAAAAUCCGAUACUGAUUCCGAUAUUUCCAAAUUUACCGAUCCGAUACCCGAUACCCGAUAUUCCGAUAAUAGGCCUAUCUCAUUUCUAACACUGAUUCUAUAAAAUUGUGGUUCUGAAGUAUUGUUAGAGACAAUAAUGAAAAAUGUUAAAUAUUAAUAAAACAUACUUAUGUGAAUGUAUAUUAUUUUUAUUAAUUGUAAAAUAUUGUAAAUUCACAUUAAAUGAAAGCUAAUAAUGAAAUUAUCAUAAUGGCCUGCAAAUAAGCUCUCUAAAUUCAAGGUCUUAAAAAAAUUAAAUUGUUUUUAAAGGGCAGAUAAAGCAAUAUUCUGAUGUAUGUAUUACCUACAGUAUGCAAAAAAACAAAAUGUGAACUACAAGGAAACAAAUUUCAGUUUUUGUGUAGAAAUGUUAGCAUUUGAAUGUGUUCAGGUGAAAGGCGAUUCCGUUUUUUGGUACAAAUUCCACCUGCAUGGCUAAACAAUCUUUCAGAAUGAAUUGAGGCAGGUGGAAAGCCAAGAUAUAUUCUGGCUAACAAUUUCAGUCUCAGGGAUGCAGGGAUAAGUGAUUCCACAAAUUUGAUGUAUUGAAUGUCCUAAAAGAUUUCCCACCACGCAAUAUUUCUUUACAGCAAUAAUUGCAAAUUGCUUUUGCCUUAUCAUUAAUUUUUACUUGAAAAUAUAACCCUUUCGGCGGCAUUGCGCAUUGUACUCGCAAAACAAUAAUGCUUAUAACCCGGACAGCUCUAUACUAACAACACAGGCGGGAGUGUGAAAAAUAACCUAGCAGCAAGACGCAUGCCUUCUGCCAUCUAUCGAACUGAGGUGAAAACAACGCCACGUUUUCACACAAAAGUCUUGUAGCUGUCCAGUAUUAGUCUCUAGUGUAUUUGCUUAUAAUGAAUGUAUGAAUCACGAGUCACUGUAUGUACUUAGUCCAGUGUCUCAACUGUAAUCUACGAAAAAUACCGUCCGAAAAACAUCAAACUUUUGUACCCUUUGUAAAAUUUCAUCACAGUAAACGACAUGCUAGAAAGGAAGGUCUUCAAUUACCAAAUUUUGUGACCAUUGUUCAAGUGUAUCACUCCAUUUAUUGGUGCGAAAACACGUUAAAAAUACAUGAAAAGUAAUUUAAAUACAACUUUGAAACGUACUGCAGAGUUUAUAAAACCACACAUCUUUAUUUAUGUUGUUGGCAAUGCACUCAAUAUAGCCAACAUAAUAACUUUGCUGCAACUUGCCCUACUUAAACACGUUUCAUAUUUUAACUUUUGUAAAACUUACGUAAUGUCUUUUUAUAGAACAGCAGUUGGCGACCAUGAAACGACACGGAAAGAAAAUGCCUGUUAUAUCAAGCAGCAACUUUAUUCUUCUUCAUGUUUACUUACGGCUACACCACUUAUUAAAUUAAAUAUCAUAAUUAUUUUCGUUUAUGUUUUCAAUUUAUGUACACUUAGUGAACUUCGAAAAUUCAUGAAGCGAAAAUAUUUUGCGAAUAUCUGAAACGAACAAAUAUGCACUUAUGACUGGGAUUUGUGUACACAUGUAAGAAUUGUACCGUCGGGAUGCAUUGCAGUAUCAGAAAGAAGAAAUAGGCUUGAAAUUGUUUCAGUGGAAAAUAUGCUUGGAAUUACUAGGUAAUAUGGUGACGUGAAGAAAGAUAAAUUACGCCCACAGAAAAUAAGCUUGGAAUUACGGUUAAGGUUAUGUGAGAAGUAUUGUUGGCGAGAGCAAACAUCGGUUAUCAAAAUAUCGGAAGUAUUUACCGAUGUCCGAUUUUGAAAAAUGUGACGAUAUUACCGAUCUCCGAUAUUGAAUAUUGAAUAUCGGGCAAUCACUUAUUAGGAUACCUUAUAAGUUUGUCUUAUACCAACGUUAAGUCAUUUCUGCAAUAUAAAUACCCUUUUUUGAUGUUUUAAUAGGACUUCAUAAUCAAAAACAUGAACAAUAUGCAAUGUUUUAAACAUGCAAAAUGUAUUCAAAGUUUUUUUUUUACUACUAUCUCGCUAAACAGUAACGAAAAAAUUGCCUGGACGAUUCAAAACACGGCACAUUUGUCAUUUCAAAUUUGAAAACAGAAUAUUAUUUGUCUUCAUUUCAUCCCAUACACCAGAAGUAAAGAAAAAAUAAACAUCAACUACCAUGGACUACACCACCACAAAACACGGACACUCCACUGAGAUGGGCAUUAAAAGAAGUAAUCGUCAUAGUGUCAACGGCUUACAAAUCGAUAGUUGCAAUCAAUCUAACACCAGGUGAUACAGCAGCAGCGUACUUGCUGUAUAUGUCUAUGAAGAAGCAGAUGUUGCUACUUAAAAAUGAAAAAUAUAUCUAAAAAGGUAAAUAAUGGUUUAAGAUUCCAGAUGAAAAGAGCAAAAAUAGUUUUUAUAAUAUGGCUGAACUAUAAUACAAUUUACCUAGCGGCCGUUAACAAUGAAAACUAAUGAAUAACAAGGGUUUAAAUGUGUAGAUAUGAAAUAACUCAAUCACAAAAUUUGGAAAUACAGCAUUAAAAAAAGUAACAUUUUUCGUAAAAUAGAUUACAAUGGAUUUCACCGUAUUUUGCAGGUCACGAAAAUUUUCUGGAUUGAUAUGCACAUUAACAGCUUGUAGAAAAUAAGGGAAAUAGGAAAUGAAAUUAAAGGUUGGUUGGUUAGGUUAAUUGCAUCAUUAAAAAAAAUUAUUUCAUUAUUUAAAUAUUUAAAAAAAAUUUCCAAAUAGUUAUUGCAGCUGACUUCUUUUUAGCCAACCUUUCUAUUUAAUAUUAUUUGUCUAAUUUUCCAGAAGUUGUUUAUUACAUGUGAAAAAGAAAUUUUUAGUGGGAUUAUGUUUCACAUACUUACUGUUGGUAUUCGAUAUUCAUAUUUGUGAAUAAUUUGAUAUUUGUAUUCGUAUUUGAUUUGAACUAAAAAAUUAAUACUGCACAGCCUCAUUAUUAUUAGUAAGAAGAGAUAUGCCAGUCAAAUCAUCUAACUCUCAAAUACCAUCAAAGAUUUAGUAAAAUCUGAUAAUAAAAAGAAAAAAAA